UUAUCUCUCUAUAUUUUCACUUUCACUUUUCUCUCUCUCUCUCUCUUUCUCUCUCCCUGUGCAAACCCUGCCGUUCUGCAAAAAUGCGAGAGAUCCUUCACAUCCAAGGAGGCCAAUGUGGCAACCAAAUCGGUGCCAAGUUCUGGGAAGUGGUCUGUGCCGAGCACGGCAUCGAUUCCACGGGUCGUUACCAGGGGGAUUCGGAACUUCAACUGGAGAGGGUCAACGUGUAUUACAAUGAAGCCAGUUGUGGCAGAUUUGUACCCCGUGCCGUUCUCAUGGAUCUGGAACCCGGGACCAUGGACAGCGUGAGGUCCGGUCCGUAUGGUCAGAUUUUCAGGCCAGACAACUUCGUUUUCGGCCAGUCUGGUGCCGGAAACAACUGGGCAAAAGGUCAUUACACUGAGGGUGCUGAGUUGAUCGAUUCAGUCCUCGAUGUUGUUCGAAAAGAGGCUGAAAAUUGUGAUUGCUUGCAGGGCUUCCAGGUGUGCCACUCUUUGGGUGGUGGAACUGGGUCUGGAAUGGGGACGCUUCUGAUUUCCAAGAUUAGGGAAGAGUACCCAGAUAGGAUGAUGAUGACUUUUUCGGUCUUUCCGUCCCCUAAGGUGUCCGACACUGUUGUGGAGCCUUACAAUGCCACUUUGUCUGUUCAUCAGCUUGUGGAAAAUGCAGAUGAGUGCAUGGUGCUUGACAAUGAAGCCCUCUAUGACAUUUGCUUUCGAACGCUGAAGCUCACCACUCCCAGCUUUGGUGAUUUGAACCAUUUAAUAUCUGCAACCAUGUCUGGAGUUACAUGCUGCCUUAGAUUCCCAGGCCAGCUCAACUCAGAUCUACGAAAACUUGCUGUGAAUCUCAUUCCAUUUCCUCGUCUCCACUUUUUCAUGGUGGGGUUUGCACCCCUGACUUCACGAGGAUCUCAGCAGUACCGUGCUCUGACAGUUCCUGAGCUCACUCAACAAAUGUGGGAUUCAAAGAACAUGAUGUGUGCGGCUGACCCGCGACAUGGCCGUUAUCUGACAGCAUCGGCUAUGUUCCGUGGGAAGAUGAGCACCAAGGAAGUAGAUGAACAGAUGCUGAAUGUGCAGAACAAGAACUCCUCCUACUUUGUUGAGUGGAUUCCAAACAAUGUGAAAUCAACAGUUUGUGAUAUCCCGCCAACUGGUCUUAAGAUGGCAUCAACCUUCAUUGGUAAUUCGACAUCCAUACAGGAGAUGUUCCGAAGGGUGAGUGAGCAAUUUACGGCCAUGUUUAGGAGGAAGGCUUUCUUGCAUUGGUAUACUGGGGAAGGGAUGGAUGAGAUGGAGUUCACCGAGGCGGAGAGCAACAUGAAUGAUCUGGUUGCAGAGUAUCAGCAGUAUCAAGAUGCAACAGCUGAUGAGGAAGCAGAGUAUGAAGAUGAGGAGGAGGAGGCAGAGUAUCAGGACUGAUGAUGUUUGCAAGUCUUUUUUUUAACCACAACUUCCAGUUGCUGGUUUUGUAGCAUUUGAACUAUGGAACGACUAAUUUAUAUUCUGCUGUAACUUUUAUAAUUUUAAAUUUAGUUUCUUGCAUUCGCGUUUUA